CCCAGAGGUGACCAAACCAACCAGCCAUCAAGAUGACUGACUCCAAGUAUUUCACCACCACCAAAAAAGGGGAAAUAUUUGAGCUGAAGGCUGAACUGAACAGCGACAAGAAGGAGAAGAAAAAGGAGGCUGUGAAGAAAGUGAUUGCCUCCAUGACGGUUGGGAAGGAUGUCAGCGCUCUUUUCCCGGAUGUGGUGAACUGCAUGCAGACAGACAACCUGGAGCUGAAGAAGCUGGUCUACCUGUACCUGAUGAACUAUGCCAAGAGUCAGCCAGACAUGGCCAUCAUGGCAGUCAACACCUUUGUUAAGGACUGCGAAGAUCCGAACCCCCUCAUCCGAGCCCUGGCCGUCCGCACGAUGGGCUGCAUUCGUGUUGACAAGAUCACUGAGUACCUUUGCGAGCCGUUGCGGAAGUGCCUGAAGGACGAGGACCCCUACGUGCGCAAGACGGCCGCCGUCUGCGUGGCGAAGCUGCACGACAUCAAUGCCCAGCUGGUGGAGGACCAAGGCUUCCUGGAUACUCUGAAAGACCUCAUUUCAGACUCCAACCCAAUGGUGGUUGCCAAUGCAGUCGCCGCCCUCUCUGAGAUAGCCGAAUCCCACCCCAGCAGCAACCUGCUUGACUUGAACCCGCAGUCCAUCAACAAGCUUCUGACCGCUCUGAACGAAUGCACCGAAUGGGGCCAGAUCUUCAUCUUGGACUGCCUGGCUAACUACAUGCCCAAAGAUGACCGUGAAGCUCAGAGGUAAGAUGCUGCAGCUUGGC